UCAUGUAGUCGUUGUGUCGUAGUCGGAAACGGAGGCGUCAUGAAAGAUUCUUCAAUGGGUGCCAUCAUUGACGAUUUCGACGUUGUCAUAAGGCUGAAUGAUGCGCCGACAAUAACGUAUGAGAAGGAUGUUGGUUCGAAGACGACAAUUCGCAUGGCCUAUCCAGAAAGUAGCUUUCAGUCGGCGAUUCCUUACAAAGGUCACUGGCUCUACGUCAUUGUUAUCUUUAAACAAACCGACCUGGAAUGGAUAUCGAAUGUAGCUGCUGGAAAGAAAGUGCCAUCAUCUUUGCGCUUUUGGAAGUCGGUAGCUCGAUCCGUGCCCAAACCUGCCAAUGAAUUCCGUAUCUUCAAUCCGCAUAUCAUUCAAGAGACGGCAGAACUUGUCGGCAUGAAAAUUGGCAAUGGUAAAGUCGGAAAAAACGUGCCAACGACUGGAAGUUUUGCGAUCUCCAUGGCAACACGGUUGUGUGAUGAAGUCAGCGUAGCUGGGUUUGGAUAUGAUGAAAAUAAACCACUUCACUACUAUGAUAAACAGCAGAUAAAGGUCGUGAAAAAUUCUUGGACUCACAACAUCAGUAUAGAGAAAAAGUGGCUGCUAAAAUUGGUUCAACAAGGUAUUGUACAUGACUUGACAAGUGGAAUCAAAUAACAUUGUAUUCAAUAAAUAUCCGACGAGCUAUUAUGGUCAUGAUUGGGGCCAUGAGGCACUGUGGGUCAAGUUGGAUUGUAGAAUAAAAUAUAUAGGAUGGGCAGUAUCAGCAUUUGCAUAAUUUUACACUUUUCACAACUUUUUUAAAGAUUAUUUUUCUAUCGAAAUGGGCAAGAAGGAUGAUCCCAAAUAUUAUAUCAACUGACAAAACUCGACAACAAGUAAAUUCAGCUGUGCCUGAAAUACCUGAUGUGGUAUUAUAUAAAAUACUUUAUAUCAUCACGUGAUUUGGAGUAAACCUCAAGGUGCACAUUUGUACCGAUAUUCCUUUUUUCGAAUCCUGAUGAGGUGAUCAUUCCGACUUGUGGCGAGUACCAAGCCAUUAAUUACGUUAUUAGGAUCGACGAUCUUCUACCCUUCGUGCCUAAAUCAUGUACUUAUAAGGGAUAAAACAUUUUCCUUCUUCAAGAGUUUUCAGCAUCAAAGUGUGAUUAACAAAGACAAAUAAUUCUUAAUUGAAUGAUAUGAAAAGAGGCUGCGACAUUUGAAAACUGUGAAUUUACAUUAUCAGUGAGCAUAGGCAUACAGCAAGAGGCAUUUGAUGAUAUCACAAGAGGCUGUUCGUGUUAUGAUUGCCAUUCUGAAGAUCAGAGGAACAGAUUGAGGCAGUGCAAUCAAGCUCUACGGGUUAUCCCACCGUGUGACCUAUAUCAUUAUCAGGUGCUUGUGUUUAAAUUAUUAUCAGAAGGUAUGAUUGGUGUUGUUUAAAUUAACUGUGAUUUGUAUUUAUAUUUUAAAUAUGCCGGGAUUGAAGUUGUAUACACUGGUAUAUUGAGUUUAAUACACUCUAUGGGAAUUGUAUGUCCCAUACUCAGAAAGAAGAGACUUAAGGAAUUGCCUAUUCCAAACAAUACCAAUUAACCAACAGUUCUUGAGACGGAAUCUCGGAGAACGGUACGUGUAACUCCGAUCUGUGCUGAUUAAGUAGCAAGCGGAUGAAGUGUUGAUAUAUGCAUUGAAUACUCAAGCACUUGUUCUUCAAUGAUCUGAUCGCUUCGGGGGGGGGGGGGGUCCUAAGCACCUUGCAUAAUAAUAAAAUAAUCUUGAUUAAUCAUAUUUAAAUAUGACCAUUUUAGGCAUGGUAUUGGAAUAUCUCUCUCUUUCUCCUUUCUCUUCAAGGUAUAUGAGUUAUGGGCAUUUUCAAUGUACUCUCCUACGUACGCCAAUCAGAUCAAAUCGAAUUACUAAGCCAUGCAUUACAAAGUUUUUACUCUUGCCGCCUUUGUCAGUUUUUUUAAUGCCACGUAUCAACUCAUUUGUGAAAUUUACGCCAAAUUUGCAAGAAUUUAGACUCGCUCAUUAUUCGUGAAAUUUGCGGUCUUAUUGUUUAUUCAUAUUGUGUGUUGCGAUGACCGAAUCUUUGAUCUCUUACUUUCAUAGACAUGUAGAUGUUAAGCAAAUAUUUUGAUUAUAAAUAUAUAAGAUGUGUUACAUGUAUGGUACAUGCUUGAAGAAGAGGUUUAGCGACUGUCAUAUAUUGGGCAGUGUGUUUGUUUUUUCUUCUUCUUUUUUUCUUCUCAUUCCAUGUUAACUGCAUAAGCAAACGAGUAUUCCAAACGUGUAUUUAAUGAUGAUUAUUAUAAUGUUUUAUUGCCAUUUAUAACAUAGCUGCAAAAGAGGUACUAUAAUCUUUUUAUAUGAGGUACUAGUUUUAUCAAUAUACGCAUAUAGUCUUUAUUUACCAUUGUAAAUGUUUCGUACUAUUUCAAUUUUACUGUUAUUCUGUGACCUGUAUAAGCUUUACCUAUACUUAUGUACUACAUAUGAAUGGUAUUUUAUCAGUCUUGAAUGUACAUAAUGUAUGACUGCCAUAUAGCGACGCUUUUCGAAAAUUGUUCACAUUUGUACAGGCACGGGUAUAAUCUUAUAAACGUUGGUGAGGUUCUGAAGAUAAACAGAAUCUAGUCAAACAUUUCAUCGAAUCCUAGAAUAAUUCGACAGCAUCUAACUGAAAUUGGCACAUCCUAUUGGAAUGUAAUUCAUUGUAAUAUAAUUACUGAUUUUUUUUAUCGGCUAAAAACAUAUAAGAUAUGUGAUAUAAUAAAAACUAUACAUAUAGCCAUUUUUAUGUUAAAAUAUCAUUACAAAAUGUUUCACCCCGUGUUUACUGAUAUAUUUUCAUUACAACUUGCAUUUAUAACCAACACGAACUUUUCACAACAUUCACUUAAAUCAUCCUAGGACACUAUUAGCACAUACAACGCUCAGACAUCAUGGGCCCGACAUUGUCAGACUCACUCAAAUAGACUGACAGACGAAAUUCAUUUCUCCCUCCCCAAAAAAAAGGUAUUGAAAAUAAAUACGAAAUAUGUACUCACUGAAUUAAAUGAAAAUAUGUUCUAUAUAUUUGUCAACUGUAACAACACAUAUACCUUUCG